AUGGAGAUAUUGUUAAGAUUUGUACCAACAAGUCCAGUUAGAUUAUCUAUUUCUAGAAUUUUAUUAACUCAAGUAGCUCGUUAUGCUAGACUGGCGGAGGUUGGUAAACUCGAAUCACCAAAGACUAGUGGCAAAUAUGAUACAGGCCAGUUAAUAUUGCAUAGGGUAUUCGGUUAUCGAGGAGUGAUUUUGUUCCCAUGGCUGGCUCGAGUAUAUGACAGGGAUGCAACUAAUAAAAAGGAGAACAAAGAUGCUUCACAAUCAACAGAAUCUGGAGAUUCUCUGUCAACCGUUGGCAAGGAAGUUAAAGGCAGAACCCACACAUUCUAUCAAGUUCUUAUAGAUACCAGAGAUGCUCCCUACAUACGCGCUCAAACUGAAGCUGUAACUUUUCUUGGCAACCAGGAAUCUAGUCGAAGCCUGUAUGCAAUACCUGGACUAGAUUAUGUGGCACAUGAUGAUAUUAUACCAUACACAUCUGUAGAGAGGGUUCCUUUGCAACAUGAACUUUUUGAUAAAUUUCUUAUGCAUAAUCCUGACAAAGAUCCUCCAUUCAUAUCCCAAGAGACUCUGCGAGCAUGGCAGAAGAAGAAUCAUCCAUGGUUAGAACUGAGCGAUGUACACCGCGAGACGACAGAGGGCGUACGUGUCACCGUAAUACCAUUCUAUAUGGGUAGUCGCGAGUCGCAGAACUCUGCUGUUUAUUGGUGGCGCUACUGUAUUCGACUGGAGAACCUGAGCUCGCAGGCGGUUCAGCUGCGUGAGCGGCACUGGCGCAUAUUUUCGCUGAGCGGCACGCUGGAGACCGUGCGCGGCCGCGGCGUCGUGGGGCAGGAGCCCGUGCUGGCGCGCCACUCGCCCGCCUUCCAGUACAGCAGCCACGUCAGCCUGCAGGCGCCCAGCGGACACAUGUGGGGUACAUUUCGAAUGGAGCGGGAGGACGGUUACACCUUCGACUGCCGCAUCCCGCCGUUUUCCUUGGAGAGCAAACCCGACGAAGGCGUGCCCGUGGCGCCCCCACCAACCGCGUGA